ACCCACGCCCACGGCACACCGAGUGAAUGUUCCCCACGGUUAGAUCCGACCGCAGUUGUUUAACAGACCGCAAGCGUUCUGCUUCCCCAUGUGGCAGUAACAGCAGGUGUAGUAUGCGUCUGGUGUGACAACACUGCCACACAAAGACAAAGCUUCCUUCCACCCCCCCUCCCUCACCACCACCGUAUAGCCUUAACAGACUGUUGGGGCAAGUGUUGUCAGCGAGUAGCGCCUACAACGCAUGCACGCGCACAACAACAUCAACAACCACCAGCAGCAGCAGCAGCUCAACAACAGCAGCAGCAGCAAGAGGCGUCCAUGUCGGGCGUCAUGGGCAGACACGGUGCAGGCGAGGGUCACGGGGAGGGCUCUGUCGUCGCGUGACUGCUCCUCGUCUCCCCGCUGCCCACGGCACUCGGGCGCCGUCUGUGUCGCUCGAAGAAGACGCUGAGAGAGAAGGGUCUGAAGGGACAUCGUCCACAGGGCGGACCGGCGGUGGGGGUGGUGGUGGUUGGUGGUGGUGGUGGUGGCCAGGACGCCAUGAAGCGCAUGGUGGUGGUGGUUUGUGUCCUGCUGGCUGCCGCUACCUCAUUGCAGGCAAGGGGCCCCCCUCCGUCUCAUCCUCCGCCUCUUCCCUGGACCCCUGAGCGAUGGAGCAGCGCACCCCCACAACAGCAGAACGAGAGCAUGGGGGGCUCGACACCCCCCUCGUCGGUGGAGGAGGAGGAGCAUCGAGGGGGUGGGUUUGAAGACCUUGUGACCUGUUGCAACCUCUCCCCACAACAAAACCAUCAUCCAUCCUUCAGCAACGACACGACCAACUGUGCGCUGGAGUGCAGCCUGGAGGAUUCGCGUGGGUGGUGCGGCUGGGAAGGGGGCCAGUCCAAGGAGAGCUUCACCUGGACCAGGGAGACGUGGGACCACCUCGGCCCCCGCGUCCGCAACAUGAGCCCUCUGCUGGACCACACAACCAACUCGAGCGCAGGCCACAUGCUGGUGGUGAUCAUGAAUGGGACCUCCGGCAAUCGGGUGGCAGAGCUCAGGAGCCCGUGCCUACACAGCGCUGGACCCGACUGCACUGUCUCCUUUUGGUAUUACAGGCACGGGCCCUUCGUAGGCCCCAUGGAGCUGUGGCUAAGCGAGGACAAGAGUGAGACGUUGCUGUGGUACGAGCCGUAUGAGCAGCCUGGCAGCUGGCUCCACGCACAGGUGUGGCUGGGCCGGCGUGCCGGGCCCUUCCGCGUGUCCCUGCGCAAGUUGGAACUCGGGAGGUAUGUGGGCGCCACGGCCGUGGACGACCUCGCGCUCGUGGGGUGCGCCCUGCCGCCGCCCAGGGCCGAGUGCCCCUCGACGGAGCCGCCGGCGUUCCGCUGCUCACGGAGCGGCGCCUGCGUCGAGGCGUGCCUGCGCUGCGACCUCACCGACCACUGCGGUGACGGCUCCGACGAGGAGGACUGCGAUUGGACGCAGCAGUGCGACUUCGAGUCGGGCCUGUGCGACUGGCGGCAGGCGAGCGACGACGAGGACGACUUCGACUGGACCCUGCAGCGCGGCCCAUCAAGCACACCGCUCACGGGGCCCUACACGGACCACACGCUCGGCACCGGCGCCGGCACCUACCUCUACAUCGAGGCCUCCGAGCCCCAGGCGUUUGGCGACCGCGCGGUGCUGAUGAGCCGGGCGUUUGGGCCGGUGUCCGAGUCGGCGGGCUGCGCCCUGCGCUUGCACUACCACAUGUGGGGGCGCAACGUCUACCGCCUGGCCGUCUACCGCCGCUCGCACCGCAAUGGCCGCGGGCAACUGCUGUGGGCGCGCUACGGCAACCGCGGCGACCGCUGGGUGCGCGGCAACGUGACGCUCGCCGCCACGCAGCCCUUCCAGGUGCUGGUUGAGGGAGUAGUUGGCGAUGACUACCACAGUGACAUUGCCAUCGAUGACCUGUCCUUCAUCAACUGCCCCCUCUUCGAUGGGGAGUUGCCACUGCUCGUGACCCCGACGAACCCCGUCGCCUCGUCCACGCUGCUGCCCAACGACUGCACCAAGGGCGAGUUCGUGUGCCGCUCGGACGCCGCGUGCCUCUCCCCGGGCGCGCUCUGCAACUUCCGCGAAGACUGCGCCGACGGCAGCGACGAGGCUCACUGCGUGCUGCCGCUGUGCGGGUUCACCGAUGGGGUCAUGUGCUUCUGGACCGUCCUCCGGGACAAUGUCGGCGGCGGCGGCAGCAGCAACGAAGAGGAUGGGUUCCGCUGGAGUCUGGGGCAAGGAGCAACGGUUUACCCCAUGGAGUCCGACCACAGACCCACCGUCGACCAUACCACGGGCGAGGCGGAGGGCUGGUACCUGUAUGCGGACAGCUCGAGCGGGAAGUUCUGGGAGGCGUCGGACCUCGUGACGCCCACGAUCGGUCGUUCGGGACCGAAUUGUCACCUGGUCUUCUGGUACCACAUGGAGGGAGUGAGCAUCGGCCUGCUGCAGGUGCUCGUGUCCUCCAUGAACGUGACGUACCCUCUGUGGAUGAAGAACGGUGACCAGGGCGCCGGCUGGAGGCAGGCGCGGGUGCUCCUGGGCGUGCGCGUCCGCUUCCAGGUCAUAGUGCGCGUGCGGAAGGGCGUGGGCUACCUUGGCGACCUCGCCAUCGACGACUUGGAGUUCUCGGACUGCGCUCCGCCCGAGCCCGGCACGGAGCUCUGCUCGGCGAGCGACUUCCCGUGCCACAACGGGCUCUGCGUGCCGGCGUUCAGCCUCUGCGACUUCAACAACGACUGCAUUGACAAUUCGGACGAGGCGCCACAGAUCUGCGCGGGCUACCCCGGCCACUGCAACUUCGAGUUCGACCUGUGCACGUGGCGCCAGUGGUACGACGCUGACGACGCCGACUGGACGCUCAGCUCGGGCAGCUCCCCGCUAGGCGGUGGGGGGCCGAUGCCCACAGACCACACACUGCGCGACCCCCGCGGCCACUACCUCAGCCUGGAGAGCACUUUCCCGCGCCUGCCGGGGCAGCUGGCACGCAUCUCCGUGCCACCCAUCAGCGCCGGCACACGCGAUUGCAAGCUGCUGUUCCACUACUGCAUGCUGGGUAAAGGCGUGGGCUCGCUGCGCAUCUACCGCGCCGAGCUGGCCGGGUGGCUGGUAUCUGCGCUGGACGGGAAGCCGCAGCUCUCCGGCAGAAAGCUGCGCCGGCAGCCCCUCUCCUUCUCCUCGGCCUCCUCUUCCUCCUCCUCGUCCGCGUCCUCCUCGACCGAAGCCCUCGACGGAGAGGACCUGGAGCUGCUGGUGGAGCAGGACGGCUGGCAGCUGCUCCUCAACCUGACGGACCAGCAGGAGGAUGCAGUAUGGCAGCGCGAGGAGGUCAUACUCGAUGCGCCGUACCCCUUUUCCGUCAUCAUUGAGGGCCUCGUGGGCACGGGCAGCCGCACGGCCAUCGCCCUCGACGACAUCACCUUCAGCAUGGAGUGCACUCCCGUCGUGGUGCCGCCGAACAACGGCUCCGGCGACCACGACCACUGCAGGGGCGAUCAGCGCCCCUGCGCGACGGGCGGCCAGUGCGUGCACGAGGAGCAGCUGUGCGACUUCCGAGCGGACUGCGAGGACGGCUCCGACGAGAGCGAGUGCGGCUCCGCGUGCACCUUCGAGCAAGGCGACACCUGCGGCUGGGAGAACUCGCAGUCCGACUGUUUCAACUGGGUCCUGGGCCGCGGCUCCCCGCACGGCCCGCGCCCCCCCGUGGACCACACGCUGGGCUCCGAGCAGGGCCACUUCUUCUUCUUGGAGCCGACGCAGAGCGGGCGGCAGGGCGACAAGGGCCACCUGAAGAGCGGCGAGUUCCACCAGUCGAGCCGCCUCUGCACCCUCUCCUUCUGGUACUACGUGUCCUCCGCCACCUCCGGCAGCCUGCGCAUCAUUGUCAAGACGGAGUACAACCUGAUCGAAAUGUGGAGGAGCCAGCCGGGCGAGCAGGUCGGGGUCUGGCGCCAGGCGCUGGUGCCGCUCAAGCGCCUGCGCAACUUCGUGGUCAUCUUGGAGGGAGUGCGCACGCACAACUACGCGGGCGGAACCGCCAUCGACGACAUCGACUUCCUGCACUGCUCGCCCGAGGAUGGCGCGGGGUCGUGCCUGCUGAGCACCGACUUCCACUGCGCCAACGGACAGUGCGUCGAGCCACGCAUCACCUGCGACUACAAGGACGACUGCGGCGACAACUCGGACGAGGUGGACUGCGUGAGCGUUGCCGGCAGCUGCGACUUCAACGAGCGUGGAGACGAGGAGCGGAACGACGUGUGGUGCGGCUGGAGGAACAGGGAGGAACAUAACGACUUCACCUGGGUAUUGGAGCCACGCGGCGUUUCGCACGGAACGGGCCCAACCGAAGACCACACUCCCAACUUGAGCGGUGGCUUCCUGCGAGUGGACACGGCUGGGCGCAGCGUGGGCCAGCGCGCCGGCCUUGUGGCGCCUUCCAUCUUCCCCGCAUCCUUCGGCCUGUGCCGCCUACGCUUCUGGUUCUUCAUGUCGGGCUCCGGGCACAAGGCCGCGCUGAGGGUUUACAGCCAGGGCGAGAGCGGCGCGCCCAUCCUCAUGUUCGUGGCGCGGGGGGACAUGGGCACGCAGUGGAAGUACGCCAACAUCGAGGUGUCGCACUCGGUGCCCUUCCGCGUCGUCUUCGAGGCGGAGGCGGGCAGCGAGCAGCCGGGCUCCAUCGCCCUCGACGACGUCUCCUUCACGCCGUCGUGCAACCUCACGGGCGCGAUGUGCCCCGAGAACUGGUACUGGUGCGGCGAGCACCAGCGCAUGUGCCUGCCCUCGGAGCUGGUGUGCGACGGCCGGGAGGACUGCCCCGGGGGCAGCGACGAGGAGCACUGCCCCACGCCAAGCCUGGACACGGGUUGCCCCCCCUCGACGUUCCUGUGCGGGAACGGCUCCUGCACCCCCGCGGCCCCCCUUUGUUACGACCCGGCCGACUGCCUCGUCGGCCAAGGGGGCGCGUCGGACUGCUGGUGUUGGGACGUGGACUGCAGGAACGAGGGAGUCUGCGUUUUGAACGGAACAACUGGCAUAUGCCGUUGCGCGCACGGAUGGCAAGGAGAGCACUGCCUGCUUCCCACGCCGGACGCAGCGCACCCCUCUGCCAGACCUUCCCGUCAGAACCCCGCGUACUCCAUCGAAGUGUGGGCCGCCGUGGUGAUCGCCGCGGCUCUGCUGCUGCCCCUCGUGCUCCUCGCCGCCUUCAUCCAGCAGCGGCGUCGCCUGCAGGCACUAUCUGAACUCGACGAUGAUUCCUUCCCGAUCAUAAAAACAGACGCUUGGCCAAAGUCAGACCUCACCAAACUCGCCCGGUCACGGCGGCACGGCACGCAGCCCUCGUCCUUCUGCAACCCGCUCUAUCGCCGCCACUCGGACCCGACAGUGGGCACGGCCCCCGUGGGCCUGCCCGCGACGUCCCGUGGGCGGCCCGACCGCUAUGCGCAGCUUUGCACGCUGCGCCAGGUCGGGUGGCCUCACGGGGAGUCCCACCUCUAGCUGGGGAGAAGACCGGUUGCCACCUUGUCCGAGUUUUCCCAUGGUCGUCCUCUUUUAAUUUGUUUUUUUUUUUUGUUCAGGUAGCUGCUGUCCUGGGAAAUGUGGAAGUCUUCCCGGGACAGUAUUUUUUUUUUGUUUGAGCCAUUUGUGAAAUAAUGAACCACUCAUUUCACUGAGUCCUCUCCCGCUUCUGGGUGUUGUGAGAUAUUCUCCUUCUCCAUGCUGUAUCCUGGUACUCUUGGCAGCCCCGAGGUGGCAACCCCUCGUCUCAGCGUGGCGUCUUGCUGGCGCCAUCGGUGCUCCCCUCGUCUUCUCCUCACCCUAGGAGUCAGGUUAAGGGGUUUAUGUGCCUGGUUAGGCGCUCUGGUUAAGGGGUCUGGUUAAGGGGUCUGAUUAAGCGGUCAGGUUAAACGGUCAGGUUCGGGGUCAGGUUAAUGGGUCGGGCACGCCUUCGCGAGACCACGCACGCAGAUGUUGGGUUGAAGGGGACCAUCGCUGGUGUAGAUGUGAGCGAGGCCCACUGGAGUUGAGAUGUGAGCGAGGCCCACUGGAGUUGAGAUGUGAGCGAGGGCCAUCGGAGUUGAGAUGUGAGCGAGGCCCACUGGAGUUGAGAUGUGAGCGAGGCCACUGGAGCUGAGAUGUGAGCGAGGCCCACUGGAGCUGAGAUGUGAGCGAGACCACUGAAGUUGAGAUGUGAGCGAGACCACUGGAGUUGAGAUGUGAGCGAGGCCCACUGGAGUUGAGAUGUGAGCGAGACCACUGGAGCUGAGAUGUGAGCGAGGCCCACUGGAGCUGAGAUGUGAGCGAGACCACUGGAGCUGAGAUGUGAGCGAGACCACUGGAGUUGAGAUGUGAGCGAGGCCCACUGGAGUUGAGAUGUGAGCGAGGCCACUGGAGUUGAGAUUUGAGCGAGGCCCACUGGAGUUGAGAUGUGAGCGAGGCCCACUGGAGCUGAGAUGUGAGCGAGGCCCACUGGAGUUGAGAUGUGAGCGAGGCCACUGGAGUUGAGAUGUGAGGGAGGCCCACUGGAGUUGAGAUUUGAGCGAGGCCCACUGGAGUUGAGAUGUGAGCGAGGCCCACUGGAGUUGAGAUGUGAGCGAGGCCACUGGAGUUGAGAUGUGAGCGAGGCCACUGGAGUUGAGAUGUGAGCAAGGCCCACUGGAGUUGAGAUGUGAGCGAGGCCCACUGGAGUUGAGAUGUGAGCGAGGCCCACUGGAGUUGAGAUGUGAGCGAGGGCCAUCGGAGUUGAGAUGUGAGCGAGGCCCACUGGAGUUGAGAUGUGAGCGAGGCCACUGGAGCUGAGAUGUGAGGGAGGCCCACUGGAGUUGAGAUGUGACCGAGACCACUGGAGUUGAGAUGUGAGCGAGGCCCACUGGAGCUGAGAUGUGAGCGAGGCCCACUGGAGUUGAGAUUUGAGCGAGGCCACUGGAGUUGAGAUGUGAGGGAGGCCCACUGGAGUUGAGAUGUGAGCGAGGCCCACUGGAGUUGAGAUUUGAGCGAGGCCCACUGGAGUUUAGAUGUGAGCGAGGCCCACUGGAGCUGAGAUGUGAGCAAGGCCCACUGGAGCUGAGAUGUGAGGGAGGCCACUGGAGUUGAGAUGUGAGCAAGGCCCACUGGAGUUGAGAUGUGAGCGAGGCCACUGGAGUUGAGAUGUGAGCGAGGCCCACUGGAGUUGAGAUGUGAGCGAGGCCCACUGGAGUUGAGAUGUGAGCGAGGGCCAUCGGAGUUGAGAUGUGAGCGAGGCCCACUGGAGUUGAGAUGUGAGCAAGGCCCACUGGAGUUGAGAUGUGAGGGAGGCCCACUGGAGUUGAGAUUUGAGCGAGGCCCACUGGAGUUGAGAUGUGAGCGAGGCCCACUGGAGUUGAGAUGUGAGGGAGGCCCACUGGAGUUGAGAUGUGAGCGAGGCCCACUGGAGUUGAGAUGUGAGCGAGGCCACUGGAGUUGAGAUGUGAGCGAGGCCACUGGAGUUGAGAUGUGAGCAAGGCCCACUGGAGUUGAGAUGUGAGCGAGGCCCACUGGAGUUGAGAUGUGAGCGAGGCCCACUGGAGUUGAGAUGUGAGCGAGGGCCAUCGGAGUUGAGAUGUGAGCGAGGCCCACUGGAGUUGAGAUGUGAGCGAGGCCACUGGAGCUGAGAUGUGAGGGAGGCCCACUGGAGUUGAGAUGUGACCGAGACCACUGGAGUUGAGAUGUGAGCGAGGCCCACUGGAGCUGAGAUGUGAGCGAGGCCCACUGGAGUUGAGAUUUGAGCGAGGCCACUGGAGUUGAGAUGUGAGGGAGGCCCACUGGAGUUGAGAUGUGAGCGAGGCCCACUGGAGUUGAGAUUUGAGCGAGGCCCACUGGAGUUUAGAUGUGAGCGAGGCCCACUGGAGCUGAGAUGUGAGCAAGGCCCACUGGAGUUGAGAUGUGAGCGAGGCCACUGGAGUUGAGAUGUGAGCGAGGCCCACUGGAGUUGAGAUGUGAGCGAGGCCCACUGGAGUUGAGAUGUGAGCGAGGCCCACUGGAGUUGAGAUGUGAGCGAGGGCCAUCGGAGUUGAGAUGUGAGCGAGGCCCACUGGAGUUGAGAUGUGAGCAAGGCCCACUGGAGUUGAGAUGUGAGGGAGGCCCACUGGAGUUGAGAUUUGAGCGAGGCCCACUGGAGUUGAGAUGUGAGCGAGGCCCACUGGAGUUGAGAUGUGAGCGGGGCCCACUGGAGCUGAGAUGUGAGCAAGGCCCACUGGAGCUGAGAUGUGAGGGAGGCCCACUGGAGUUGAGAUUUGAGCGAGGCCCACUGGAGUUGAGAUGUGAGUGAGGCCCACUGGAGUUGAGAUGUGAGUGAGGCCCACUGGAGUUGAGAUGUGAGCGAGGCCCACUGGAGUUGAGAUGUGAGCGAGGCCCACUGGAGUUGAGAUGUGAGCAAGGCCCACUGGAGUUGAGAUGUGAGGGAGGCCCACUGGAGUUGAGAUUUGAGCGAGGCCCACUGGAGUUGAGAUGUGAGUGAGGCCCACUGGAGUUGAGAUGUGAGUGAGGCCCACUGGAGUUGAGAUGUGAGCGAGGCCCACUGGAGUUGAGAUGUGAGCGAGGCCCACUGGAGUUGAGAUGUGAGCAAGGCCCACUGGAGUUGAGAUGUGAGGGAGGCCCACUGGAGUUGAGAUGUGAGGGAGGCCACUGGAGUUGAGAUGUGAGCGAGGCCACUGGAGUUGAGAUGUGAGGGAGGCCCACUGGAGUUGAGAUGUGAGCGAGACCACUGGAGUUGAGAUGUGAGCGAGGCCCACUGGAGUUGAGAUGUAAGCGAGGCCACUGGAGUUGAGAUGUGAGGGAGGCCCACUGGAGUUGAGAUGUGAGCGAGGCCCAUCAGAGAUGAGUGGAACUGUUUUGAAAAAAGUGUUUAUAUUCAGUGAUUUUGUUUUUAUUUCAUAAAAAGAAACAGCUUCAUGAUCGAAUUAAGUCAUGAAAAUUUUUUGUGUUUUUUAACUCAUGCACGACAUCAAUGUUCCCCGACCAACGGAAAUAUGUACAAAUGAAUAAUAUGAGGGUCGAAGACCCAGUACAUGUGUGUAUAGUAUGUGUCGUUUAUUUCUGAUUUACUUAGUUCAAAAAUUGGCACAACAGGCAAUGACGUUAAAUAAACUUAGUUCUGUAGCUGUU